GCUCAGGUGGCCUUCCUCCAGGGAGAAAGGAAAGGGCAAGAGAAUCUAAAGACGGACCUGGUACGGCGGAUCAAGAUGCUGGAAUACGCACUGAAGCAGGAAAGGGCCAAAUAUCAUAAACUCAAGUUUGGGACUGACCUGAACCAGGGGGAGAAGAAACCAGACGUUCCCGAACAAGUCUCCAAUGGCCCUGUGGAAUCCGUCACCCUGGAGAACAGCCCGCUGGUGUGGAAGGAGGGGCGGCAGCUUCUCCGACAGUACCUGGAAGAGGUGGGCUAUACAGACACCAUCCUGGACAUGCGGUCCAAGCGCGUACGCUCUCUGCUAGGCCGGUCACUGGAGCUCAAUGGGGCUGUGGAGCCCAGUGAAGGGGGUCCCAGGGCCACGCCAGGCCCUGGGGUGCUCAGUGGCGGCGAGUCACUGUUGGUGCGACAGAUAGAGGAGCAGAUCAAGAGGAAUGCGGCAGGCAAAGACGGCAAAGAGCACUUGGGCGGCUCCAUGUUGGAGCAGAUGCCCUUUCUGCAGAACUGUGAGGAUGAGGACAGUGACGAGGAUGACGAGCUGGACAGCGUGCAGCACAAGAAACAACGUGUGAAGCUCCCCUCCAAGGCCCUGCCAGAAAUGGAGGAUGAAGAUGAGGAAGAUGACUCUGAGGAUGCCAUCAAUGAGUUUGAUUUCCUGGGCUCUGGGGAGGAUGGAGAAGGGUCUUCAGACCCCCGACGUUGUACUGGAGACGGGAACCACCUCGAGCUGGAGAGCCGUCGGGUCAAACUGCAAGGAAUUUUGGCCGACCUUCGAGAUGUGGAUGGGCUACCUCUCAAAGUGACUGGCCCACCCCCUGGCACCCCCCAGCCCCGUCCCCAUGAAGACGUUUUCAUCAUGGACACUAUCGGGGGCGGGGAGGUGAGCCUGGGGGACUUGGCAGAUCUCACCGUCACCAAUGACAACGACCUCAGCUGUGAUCUGUCCGACAGCAAAGAUGCCUUCAAGAAAACAUGGAACCCCAAGUUCACCCUGCGCUCCCACUAUGACGGCAUCCGCGCCUUGGCUUUCCACGUCAGCCAGGCGGCCCUGCUGACUGCCUCCGAGGACGGCACACUAAAGCUCUGGAACCUGCAGAAGGCAGCCACGGCCAAGAAGAACUCUGCGCUCGAUGUGGAACCCAUCCACGCCUUCCGUGCUCACAGGGGUCCUGUGCUGGCAGUAGUCAUGGGCAGCAACAGCGAAUACUGUUACAGUGGUGGGGCAGAUGCCCGUAUCCAUAGCUGGAAGAUUCCAGACCUCAACAUGGACCCCUAUGAUGGUUACGACCCAAGUGUGCUGAGCCACGUCCUGGAGGGCCAUGGGGAUGCUGUGUGGGGCUUGGCCUUUAAUCCCACCUCCCAGCGCCUAGCCUCCUGCUCUGCUGAUGGCACCGUCCGCAUCUGGGACCCCAGCAGUAGCGGCCCGACCUGCCUCCAGACCUUCCCCACAGCCAGUGAGCAUGGGAUCCCCACCUCAGUGACCUUCACCAGCUCUCAGCCUGCCCACAUUGUGGCCUCCUUCCGCUCUGGUGACACCGUUCUCUACGACCUAGAGGCUGGCAGUGCCCUCCUCACACUGGAGUCCCGAGGGAGCAGCGGCCCGACCCAGAUCAACCAGGUGGUGAGUCACCCCAACCAGCCCCUCACCAUCACCGCCCAUGACGACAGAGGCAUCCGCUUCCUGGACAAUCGGACAGGGAAAUCGGUGCACUCCAUGGUAGCCCACCUGGAUGCUGUCACCUGCCUAGCCGUGGACCCCAAUGGCGUGUUCCUGAUGUCAGGAAGUCACGAUUGCUCCCUUCGUCUGUGGAGCUUGGACAACAAGACAUGCGUGCAGGAAAUCACGGCCCACCGCAAGAAACAUGAGGAGGCCAUCCAUGCCGUGGCCUGCCACCCCAGCAAGGCCCUCAUUGCCAGCGCCGGCGCCGAUGCCCUGGCCAAGGUCUUCGUAUGAUGCCUACCAGGCCCCGCCCUGACCACCACACUGGCUGGGGAGGGGGCCAGGCCCAGGGGGGGUGGGGGGGCUGAGGUGA